AAGCAGUUAGAAUUUGGUAAAUGCCAAUUUUGGUCCCUCAACAAAGUUUUCGUUUCUCAACUUUUCUAUGCACUUUUUUCAUCCUUCAACUAUGAGAGACGCUCAUACACCAGAUAUAUGAUAGAAAUGAAUGCUUUUUUUCUCAUUUUUAUUGAGAUAAAGCUCCCCCUAGCCUUCCAAAUGGAUCUCUCACAAUGUUCAUUACGAUGAAAAAAUAUAAAAUCAGUAAAAUUUACUUACACAAUUCCAAAAGAAAUUUGUAUGAAAAAAAGAUUGAUGCUUAGAGAUGAAUUGUUAGGAAAAGUAGCAGCUUCUGGGAGAAGGAUCAUUUCAUUUUUGUUGUGUUACAUCUAUCUAUACCCUCUUGUUCAUUUCUGAUUCUUUGUUUUCUGGCUUCACUUAUGAGUAUCUAUGCAUUGUGAUACUCAACAAUUUUGAACUGGGAAGAUUCAUGAAUGAAAAGUAACUUUAACCAAAUUGAACUAACCAUAGUACCAGCUACGUCAAUAAACAGCUAUUGGGUGC